UUGUGUAUUCGCUAAGAACUCUGGGAAAUAACCGGAAGCUAUUUUGAAGUGUCCUUGUGGUGCUAACUUGGCUGUGUUUACAACUUUUAAUCAUGUUUAGGCACAUAAGGGCUCUGACGCAGGUGGCUGGUCGACCCUUUUCUAACAGUGCUUUCAGGCAGGUUGAAAACAAAGUCGCUGCCAGGCAGAAAUUGUUUCAGGAGGACAAUGGUUUGCCUGUUCACUUGAAGGGAGGUCCCAAGGAUGCCCUCCUGUUCUCAGCAACAAUGGCCCUCACAGUCUUUGGAACUGGAUACGUCAUAUACGAGUUGUUUCAAGCAGCAAUGCCCAAGAAGAACGAAUAAAGAAGUUUCUUCAUCAAGGUGUUAAAUGAGUCUUCUCCAGCUGUGAAGAUUUCUUUUUUUUGUGUGUACACAGGAUCAAUAUUUAUUCACUGUUCUGUGAAUAUCGGAUAUGUAAUAAACCAUUGUUCAUUCCA